GGACACAAACCCAUCAGAUAUUGACUUUUUGGUUGCAUAACCUCUCUCUCCUCGACUCUUCCUCCUUAAUGUUUCUUAAAAGAAAAAAAAUUCCGUGACUUUCACACGCUCUCCUCCUCUCUCGUUUCCUGUUCGAAGCUUCGUCUCUCAACCUUCAGCACCAGCUCAUACAAUACAAUUUUUUCUGCGCUUAGGUUUAUCCAGUUUUCAUAGGAGAUUGGCUCAUGAAUUCUAGGGUUUAUAUCAAUGGCUGAGACUAGAAGAUACUUUCCCAAUCAACCACUUGACUUGGAGCAGAUAUUGGAGGAAGCAAAACACCGUUGGCUUCGUCCGAAUGAAAUCUUGGAAAUACUUCGUAACUAUCAGAGGUUUAAAUUGACUCCAGAGCCACCCAUUCAGCCUUCAGCUGGUUCUUUGUUUCUAUUUGAUCGAAAAGCACUUCGAUAUUUUCGUAAAGAUGGUCAUCGAUGGAGGAAGAAAAAGGAUGGAAAAACUGUUAGAGAAGCUCAUGAAAAGUUGAAGGCUGGCAGUGUGGAUGUUCUUCAUUGUUAUUAUGCCCAUGGGGAGGACAAUGACAGCUUUCAGCGGAGAUGUUAUUGGAUGCUUGACGGGAAAUUAGAGCAUAUUGUCCUUGUGCACUACAGAGAAGUAAAGGAGGGAUACAGGUCUGGUGUAUCUCAUUUGCUAGCUGAUCGAGGUACCCAGGUUGAAAGCCCUCAACCCAUUUCUGCUCCUUCCAUUGCACAAACAUCCUCACCUGCUUUUACAGCUCAAAUGUCUUUUGCAUCAAAUCCAAAUGAAAUUGAGCGGAAUGGCCAAACAUUGUCUUCAGAGUUUGAGGAUGUUGAUUCCAGAGAUAAUGUAGGAGCUUGUCUCACAGAACAAAAGAUUGGUUCUGUGUCACAUAAUGCUUCUUUACUUGCAGCUGAAGUUGAAGGAUUCACUAUGUUAUCAACAAAUGGAGUGAAAUUUGAUCACAGCACUGAAUCAUCUUUGUGGGCUGAAAUUCCUGGCUCCAGCAAGAAUGCAUAUCAUGUUCAUGACCAGAAAUUUUACGUUGGACAACCUAGAGGAGCUGAUGUUAUUACUCGUAAAUUGACAUAUUCUAGAAUAGACAGUGAUGUUCCAGAUUCUGUUGCUACUGGAGACAGAUUGAUCAAUGAUGUAGAUGACCAAGCACAAGCAGCAAUUCCUCAGAGAUCAAUUCAGGAACAUGAUUUUAAGUUGGUUCCUAAUUCCCAGUUCCAUGAUCAUUCUGGCUCUCAAACAGCUGCUUCUAUUGCACAAGUGGAUAACAAACCCAAAGAUGGUGGUGCAAGUACUAAUGAAUUAGGAGAGCUAAAAAAACUUGACAGUUUUGGAAGAUGGAUGGACAAAGAAAUUGGUGGAGAUUGUGAUGAUUCUUUGAUGGCCUCGGACUCUGGCAAUUAUUGGAAUACGUUGGGUACUGAGAAUGAAGAUAAGGAAGUAUCUAGUUUGUCACACCAUAUGCAGUUAGAUAUUGAAUCAUUGGGUCCUUCUCUUUCCCAGGAACAGUUAUUUAGCAUUCGAGAUUUCUCUCCAGACUGGGCUUAUUCUGGUGUUGAAACGAAGGUUCUAAUCGUUGGUACAUUUUUAGGGAGCAAGAAGUUUUCUAGUGAAACAAAAUGGGGCUGUAUGUUUGGUGAAAUUGAAGUUUCUGCUGAAGUUCUCACAGAUAAUGUUAUCAGAUGUCAGGCCCCUCUUCAUGCUACUGGGCAGGUCCCAUUCUAUGUUACCUGUCGUAACAGAUUAGCUUGCAGUGAGGUGAGGGAAUUCGAAUAUCGUGAAAAUGCAUCAAGAGUUGCAUCCAUAUCUAACAGCAGUUUGCAAGAGGAAGAACAGCGCUUCCUAGUGCGUCUAGCAAAGUUGCUGCAUUUGGGGCUGGAGAAGAAAUGGCUGAAUUGCUCCAUUGAAAGAUGCAGCAAAUGUAAAAUAAGAAGUACCUUAUAUUCAAUGAGAAAUAAUAUCGAUAAUGAAUUGGCAAGGGCCAAGGAGAGUUGGAUGGUCUCUGAAGUUAAUUUCACAGAUGCUAGGGAUAAAUUUAUCCAAAGUUUGCUAAGUGACAAGCUUUUUGAGUGGUUGGUCUGUAAAGUUCAUGGAGAGGGUAAAGGACCAGAUAUGUUGGAUGGUGAAGGCCAAGGAGUUAUACACUUGACUGCUGGUCUUGGUUAUCAAUGGGCCAUGGGCCUUAUAGUUGCUGCCAGUAACAAUCCCAAUUUCAGGGAUGCACAAGGAAGAACAGGACUCCACUGGGCAUCAUAUUUUGGGAGAGAAGAAACAGUCAUCGAACUGGUUAGAUUGGGUGUGGAUCCAACUCUUGUUGAUGAUCCAACCUCAGCAUUUCCUGGAGGACAAACUGCGGCUGAUUUAGCAUCAAGCCAAGGACAUAAAGGAAUAGCUGGGUUCUUGGCUGAAGCAUUUUUAACUAGUCACCUUUCUUCAUUAAAUAUCAAAGAAAAUAUAACAGAUACUAUUGAUGCAACCAUUGCAGCAGAAAAGCCAACUGAAGCUGCAGCCCAAGUUGCCUUUCCAUUGGAUGGCGGAGCAGAUGAUGGGUUUUCCUUGAAAGGAACUCUUGCUGCUGUCAGAAAAUCAACUCUUGCAGCAGCUCUUAUUCAAGCUGCCUACCGGUCUUCUUCAUUCCGAUAUAGACAAUUUCCUAAGAGCAAUGAUGAUUCUGAAGUUUCACUUGACCUAGCUGCUCUUGGUCCUUUGAACAAAUAUCAACGGAGGAGUGAUUUUGAAGAUUAUUUGCAUUCUGCAGCUGCAAGGAUCCAACAAAAGUAUCGUGGCUGGAAGGGAAGAAAAGAAUUUUUGAAGAUACGUAAUCGAAUUGUAAAAAUUCAGGCUCAUGUGAGGGGACGUCAAGUACGCAGGCAGUAUAAAAAGGUUAUUUGGUCUGUUAGUAUUGUUGAAAAAGCAAUACUGCGAUGGAGGCGAAAAAGAUCUGGCUUGCGAGGAUUUCGGUUGGAAAAGCUAUGUGGAGAUGUGAUUCAGGGGACUGAAAAAACUGAUGAGUAUGAGUUUCUGAGGAUUGGCCGCAAACAGAAAUUUGCUGGAGUUGAAAAAGCGUUGGCAAGAGUCAAGUCCAUGGUCCGAGACCCUGUAGCACGUGACCAGUACAUGAGGCUAGUUACAAAAUCUGAGAAUCUCAAGAUGAAUAAUGGAGAGAUUAAUGUAUCACCGCAAGAUUUAAGUUGACAGUAUGAGGAGAAUAGAGAGGGAUUGCAUGCAUUCAUGGCUUUGAUCAGUCAUUCUGUAAAUUUGAUGUGAAUGUUAGAUGGAAUCAGCAGGUCUGCUGUUCAUCGGGCUUGCUAAUUGUUGUUUUAUAUCAGCUAACAUGUUAUGUCAGGUUUUGUAGUGACCAAGUUGGAGGCAGGAUAAUAGGAAAUUGGAAUGUUUACAUGUGAUAUUCCUUUUAAAACGCUAGUUAAUUUGUAGCUGGCAUAGAGUAAUGGAAUGAAAAAGGAAUGGUUCUUGAUCAAAA